AUGGUCAUAAGCACAAAUCCAUUAAAGAUCUUGAUUUUGACAAUGCUGUCCACUCCCACACAACCCUCCGUUCUCGGCCGCCCGGUCAGUCAACCCGUCAACAAGAAUGCCGUCCGCCCCGAAGACGAAUAUGUAGAUGAUGAGAGCGAGGAUGCCGUCCACGCUGCGGACAAAGAUACAGACAAUGAGAACGAGGAUCGCCUGCUCAUGAUAGGUCACAAGAGUGUGAAACUCCUAUUGUUUACAAUGGAAUACUUUUCUUAUGGCCCUAAAGAACUGAAGCUAAAGAAGUUCCCUCAGCUUGAAAUCUGUUUAACUACAACUUUUUAA